AUGGGGGAGGAGCCCCCUACUGAUGAUCCAGCUGAGGAAACCGGAUUGCAGGUCUGUGAUCUUUCAUCUGUUAGUGAGAUCAAGUCAUUUGCAUCAAGAUUUUCUUCAAAGGAUGUGCCAAUUCAUAUAUUGGUAAACAAUGCUGGCUUGCUUGAGCAUAAACGAGUUACAACAUCAGAGGGGUUCGAGUUGAAUUUCUCUGUGAAUGUGUUAGGCACCUAUUCCAUAACAGAACUGAUGCUGCCACUAGUGGAGAAGGCUGCACCUGAUGCUCGUGUUAUCACAGUGUCCUCUGGUGGAAUGUACACAGCUCCUUUGACUACAGAUCUACAGUAUAGUGACAGCAACUUUAAUGGGGUGGAUCAGUAUGCUCGAAAUAAGCGAGUUCAGGUAGCACUGACAGAAAAAUGGGCUGAAAUGUACAAGAAUAAAGGGAUUGGAUUCUAUUCAAUGCACCCAGGCUGGGCUGAGACACCUGGGGUUGCUAAGAGUUUGCCUGGUCUUUCUGAAAGGCUUUCUGGAAAUCUUCGAACAAGUGAGGAAGGUGCAGACACAAUUAUUUGGUUGGCUCUACAACCAAAAGAGAAAUUGGUAUCAGGUGCAUUUUAUUUUGAUAGAGCUGAAGCGCCUAAACACCUUAUGUUUUCAGCUACUGGUGGUUCUCAUGUGGUAAUUGAUUCUGUUGUUGAUGGUCUCCGUUCCUUGUCUGCUCUCUCUUCUUAAAAUUGAAGAUUUGAUUUUGGAGAUAUUAAAUGUUAAGCUUCAGACUUGAGCUCCCCUUAUCCCUUUGCUUCUAUGUAAAGAUAGUUUUGUUGCUCUAGAUCAUGCUUGGGGUCGAUGAUCUCCUAAACACAAACACUUUUAUUAUCAGAGAAGGGAUUAGAGUUUGGCAGGUAAACACUCAAGUCAAUAUCUUAUAAUUAGAGAUUCUAAAGAAGAGAAAAGGAGGGAGUGGUGGUGAAGUUGUAGUCAUCUGAUUUUAUGAUUGGGUUCCUUCUGUUAAAACUUAAAAGUGGUGCUCCUUUGUUGGUCAAUACUCAAUAGAUUGAAGUAUUCUCUCUCCA